AUGGCAGCCGCCGUGGGCCAAUUCGUUUUGCAGUGGCUCUUCGAGGCCACCUAUCCGCUGCACGCGGAGUUCACGGAGCAGCCGCAGCCGCUGCGCCGCCGGGAGCUCCGCUGGCAGUGCCGCCAUGACUACGCCGUGUGGGGACGAACCGUCCUGCAGUGCCUGCUGGCCGGCGGGGUGCCGCAGCACCGUCGCCUCGAGGUGCGCCUGCAGCUGCAGCGCGCGGGGCGGCUGGCCGGCGUCUGCGAGGAGAUCCAGAUGCGCGACAUCCUGCGUGCGAGCUGGAUCCUGGAGCGGCCCAUCGCUCCGGCGAGCUGGUGCCUUGGAGCGCUGGGCUUCGUGGGAGAGACCGAGGAGUACCUCCAGCUGGUCGACGCCUCCAUCCGCGACCGUCCCGCCGGCGGCCCUGAGCUUCCGGUGGACGAGCCUGUCGAGCAGCCGCCGGGCUUGCUCCAGGCCACGCUGCGCAUGGAAGAGAUGAUCCAGGCUCACCUGGAAGACGACGACCUGGAGGUGGUGCUUGUCGAAGAGUACGAAGACGAGUGA